AUGAAGAGCGCUCCUUCGGCCUGUUCCGGCGCUGCUCGGCAAUCUUCGCCUCUUUGUUGUGCGGACGGAGGAUUUACGGUGACUGCGGCCCGGUACCGAGAGCAGGUCAGUACUGCCGCGGGCUGUGGGGGACUGCGGGGUGCUCUGGGGGGGGGGGGCUCUGAUGUGCUGUCGUCCUCGUGUUCGGGGCCUGGCUCUGUCACGGCUCCUCCGUGGGGCUGUGUGGGCAUGGCGGCUCCGGCUCCAGGCCUCCAGUCCCGGUGCACACGGGGACACUAUAGGAGGACAGUGUGCACGACCGGGGGCAGUGGAACGGCCCCCGGUUCUGGUUGGGUCCCUGUGGGUGGAGAGCUGCGGCUGGGACACGCGCGUUUGAGAUCCGUGCGUCUGCCAUCCGAGACACGCGUUAAAGAGACAACUAUGAUUAAAGUUCUGUGA